AUGGAAAAUAUAUCAGUCUCUUCUCGAACAGGCGAUAAUUUGAAGCCUAAAAAUAAGGAAAUUUCUUUGUUUGGAUUAUUUAUUACUCAUAUGAGACAAACAAAGGAAAUAGAAAAAAAGUUCAAAUAUUUCGUAUUCUACUUGUUAAAUCCAGACGCAUUGCAAUCUUCAUAUAAAGUCAGAAACUUUAUCACAGGAUAUGUACCCUCAAAGUAUACUUUUGGACUAAAUGAGUAUGAGGAUAAAGUUCCCAUUAAGAAUGAUGACACUCCGUUGAUGAACUAAGAAUUAAAAAGAGAAACACAGUGGGAGUAUCUCUAGGAAAUAAGGAUGUAUAGUGAUAGAGUUGAUAAUUCUCAUGGGGCUACAGUGAAAACUUGCAAUAGAAUUUAAAUCAAAGAAGAUUCCUCAACUUUCUCAAGGAAUUUUAUCAAAGAUACUGGCUACUAGAUUAAAUAUGAUUAUCGUUUAUUAGGAACAGUUUAUAAAUUCGUAUUGAAUGAUUUUUAUGACUUAAAACUAUUGAUACCAAUAAUUCAAGGAUAAUAGCAAUAGCAAUAUAAGAAAGUUAAUCUGUUAAGCAAGAUCUGUGGGACUGAUUAAAGCAGUUUGGAUGAAAGCUAAAUGAUGAAUGAUUCUGAUUAGGUAAUUAGCUAGGAUAAAAAGGUUGAUUGGUUAUUGCUCAGAUGA